UUUGUUUACAUGAAGGCUCCAGUGGCCAGCACGUGUGUACUUCUGGACGAGAAGAUAUCGCAGCCCGACAAGUUCAAGACAUCGAGACAGACAACAAUGACACACUGACUCUCCCGAACUCAACGGACCAAUUAUUACCUGUAAAAGUAAAUGCUAGCGUGAAUGUUGGCAAUGAAAGCAGCCCUGACAGGAGACGCUGUGAUUAGAGGGAAGAAAAGCAGUGCAGACGUGAUGGAGAAGGUGGCAGUGGACCCUCGCGUUAAAAGCCUAGUGGAGCGUUGUGUGAGACUGAGUCACCGCGCCCUGCUAUGUGUGCUGGGACACUCCGCCAAGGACCAGGUGAUGAUCCUCCAUCACCUGCUCACAAAGGCAGCAGGGGAGAGGCACUCAGUCCUCUGGUGCCACAAGAAGGACUCAGACAUUCCAAGACAUAGUCGGAAACAUCUCAAGAAACUGGAGAAGAACAUCAGCUCAGGAAAGUGUGACAUCUCUAAAGAAAAUGCAUUUGAUCUCUUCCUCCUGUCAACACCAGUGAAGUAUUGUGCCUUCCAGGACUCGCACAGGCUGCUGGGGAACACCUUUGGCAUGUGUGUCAUACAGGAUUUUGAGGGGCUGACCCCCAAUACUCUAUGCCGUGUAGUGGAAACUGUGUGCGGUGGAGGAUUGGUAGUGUUCCUGAUGCCAGAGAUUCAGUCAUUACGGCAGCUCUUUUCGGCUUCCAUGGAUAUCCAUUCUCGCCUCAAGACUUACUCCCAUCCUAAGGUCACCCCACUCUUCAAUGAAAGAUUUGUGUUGUCUCUGGGGUGGUGCAAGUCUUGCUUGGUCCUUAAUGACCAGCUACAGGUCACCAACGAGCUGCCAAGCCUCAACAGACCUGUACCAGAUUUUCUUUCCGUGCGUGGUGCUGAGGCCUCACAAGUCAAGCUGAAGGAGUUGAGAACUUCCCUGGAAGAUGCUGACAAACCCUUGCCACAACUGGUGAGCUGCUGCAGGACUUUUGACCAGGCCCAGGCACUGCUGAAGAUGAUUGACCUCAUCACUGAGAAGAGUAUGCAGGGCACAGUGGCAGUCACAGCUGGCAGAGGACGAGGAAAGUCAGCUGCUUUAGGCCUGGCAACAGCAGCAGCCAUCCACGUAGGCCUCAACAACAUCUUUGUCACCAGUCCAUCCCCAGAGAACCUCAGCACCUUCUUUGAAUUUGUCUUUAAAGGCUUUGAUGCCUUAGAGUAUGAAGAGCAGAAUGACUAUGAGAUCAUCCAGUCCACCAAUGCUGAGUUUGGCGAUGCCGUGGUGCGCAUCAAUGUGUUCAGAGACUACCGGCAGACUGUCCAAUACAUAUCUCCAGGUGACACAGGAAAGCUGAGCCAUGCAGAGCUGGUGGUGGUGGAUGAAGCAGCAGCCAUCCCACUGCCUCAGGUGAAGGCACUCAUAGGCUCUUGCAAUGCCAUCAUGUCAUCCACCAUCAAUGGCUAUGAAGGUACUGGACGUUCCCUCUCCCUGAAACUCCUGCAGCAGCUGCGGGUCCAGGCAGGGCAGACAGGCACUGCUGCAGUGGCAUCAACCAACACUGCAGAUGCAGCCCUAACCAGACGUUCACUCCAGGAGGUAUCACUGGAGGAGAGUGUGCGUUACGCACCCCAUGACCCAGUGGAGGCUUGGCUGCACCAGCUCCUCUGCCUUGAUGCCACCUCAGUCAUACCGCCCUCCACCACCUGUCCCCCACCCCACACCUGCCAGCUCUACUAUGUGAACAGAGAGGUACUGUUCAGUGGCCAUAGUGAGAGUGAGGCCUUUCUACACCAAAUGGUGGCUCUCCUCGUGGCGUCACAUUACCGCAACUCCCCUGAUGACCUACAAGUGUUGUGUGAUGCUCCAGCCCACCACCUCUUUGUACUGCUACCUCCUCUGCCACCCAGUUCAUCAGCAACCUUACCCACUGUUCUGGCCGUCAUACAGGUAUGUUUGGAAGGAGGAAUCCCUGCUUCAGUUUCCAAAGCCACCAAGAGUCGGGGAGAGCGUCCUUCAGGGGACCUGGUGCCCUGGCUGCUAUCUGCCCAGUUCCUCCAGCCUGAGCUUACCCAGCUGAAGGGAGUGAGGGUGGUUAGGGUAGCAACGCACCCUGAUUAUCAGUCGAUGGGCUACGGGUCAAGAGCCAUCAGCCUUCUUAGUGACUACUAUGGAGGAAAGCACCUUGCUCUGCAUGAUCCUGCCAUUGACCUCCCACAGCCAACACAAGAUUCAACCACUGAAAAAGAUAGCAUUGUUCCAAGGCAGAGCGGUGAACCCUUGCUCUCAGCUCUGGGAGAACGCCCACCUGAGUCUAUAGACUACCUUGGAGUAUCCUAUGGCGUCACACUGCCUCUGCUCAAAUUCUGGUGUAGAGCAGUCUACGUGCCAUUGUAUAUCAGUCAGGUAACCAACAAGGUGACAGGUGAACACAGCUGUGUCAUGGUGCAUAUGUUGUCAAGCCCAGAGGAGACAAGUGACUCCGAGACUGCCCCCUCCUGGCUGCAGUACUCCUCCAUUGAGUUUUUACGAAGGUUCCUUUCUCUGCUUGGUGGGCCACUGAGUGAUCUGCAUCCCAUGCUGUCUCUGGCAGUGAUUCAGGCCCAUGCAAAGACUGUGCCAUGGAAAGCAAUUGAGUGGGAGGAGCUGAAGUUACUUGUGACUGGACACGACUUGCUGCGCCUGGAAAAGUACUCCAAGAAUCUUGCUGACCGUCAUCUCAUAACAGACAUUCUGCCCCAUAUCGCCUCCCUCUUCUUCUCCCACAGAUUUCCAGCACUCCAUCUGUCUCAGAUUCAGUCUGCUCUCUUGGUUGGUCUAGGACUCCAGCUGAAGAACUUUGAUGAGGUCAGCCAGUUGCUGGACCUGCCGGUGGAGUCAGUGUUGGGGCAGUUCAACAGGGCCAUGCGUCGUGUACUGAAGACCAUGGCUGCCCUACAGGAGGAAGCACUCACCAAACACCUGCCUAAGACCACCAUGAAGUUGGCUGAGUUUGUACCUGUGUCCAUAUCUCUUGACCAAGACCUGGAGGAAGCAGCUGAGGAUUACAAAGAAAAGGAAAAGAUAAGAGAAAAGCUACAGCCCCAAGCCAGUGAAUUGCUGGGAGACAUUAGCAAGUUUGCCAUCAAGAAUGAUGAGGCAGCAUGGCAGGAUGCACUCAAGGGAGGUCCAAACACUGUGAUCAGUGUGAAGAGCAACAAGCGUCCAGCAGCCAUUACUGAGAAGGAACUGGAGAUGGAACUAGAAGAGCCAAAACAAAAGAAAGAAAAGAAAAGUAAAAAGAUAAAAAAGAGAAAGGUUAAGCAAUAAAUUAUUAUUAUUUCCUUGUAACAAUUUUGUCAUAAAGUAAAAAGUAUUGAUUGA